UUUUCGCUCAUCAUAUCAUAUUGUGGUUUCUUUCUUUCUCUGCCAAAACAGAGCCAAUCUCCUCUCAACCCUUCCUUAACGCUGCCGCCGGCGUCGGUGGCGUCGCCGCUGCCAUCCUCAAAUCCGGAUUCAACAGCGGCAAUGGAAGCACCAAAGUAUGUAUGGGAAGGCGCAAUUCCUCUUCAAAUCCAUCUCCACGAAUCCCAAGUCACCACUCUUCCUCCUCCUCCUCCUGCUCUGAUCUUAGCUCCACGGAUCGGGUAUCUGCCGCUGUUAGCGCCUUUGAUUAAGCCCUAUUUUAGCAGCACACUUCCUCCAGGUGUUGAUACCAUUUGGUUCGAUUGCAAUGGCCUCCCUCUCAAAUGGUACAUACCAACUGGAGUUCUUUUUGAUCUUCUGUGCCCUGAGCCUGAAAGGCCUUGGAACAUUACUGUCCAUUUUAGAGGAUAUCCCGGAAAUGUAUUGAUACCUUGUGAAGGUGAAGAUUCUGUGAAGUGGAGCUUUAUAAACUCAUUGAAAGAGGCAGCGUAUAUAAUGAAUGGAAAUUGCAAGAAUGUUAUGAACAUGUCUCAGUCUGAUCAGCUGGAGCUUUGGCAUUCUGUCAUGAAUGGUAAUUUGGAAGCCUACCAACGGGUCUCAUCUAAGCUUAAACUUGCAACGGUUGAUGAUGAGUAUGCAAGUUUGUGCCUGCAAAAAUCUCAACAAUCCGUCAUAGAAACAGAUUUGCCUGCACAAGCGAAAACAGGAAGAGUUCCAGUUAGAUUAUAUGUUCUAAGUGUAAGCAAGGAUUUUGAUGAUUUGGACGAGAUUCCUCGAGUCGAUAGUUGGGAGAAAAUCUCUUACAUAAACCGACCUGUUGAGAUCCGCAAAGAAGGUAAGCAAUGCUUCUUAUGUAAGCGACAAACCUGUAACUGGCAGCUGUGCAUGUGGAGAAAUGAAUUGGAUGCUAACAGUCAUCUCCUUUAUUUCCAAUGUAGUAUACUUUGUAGAUCAAAACUGGACACUCUUAAUUUGUUUCUUUUUUUAUUGCAUCCCAUUUUGAAUUUUACAAUUUUUAUCUGCCUUUUGUGCUACAUGCAUUCCUCUUUCUUUGCAGAUAAAUGCUUCACUUUACACGAUGCUUUGAAAAUCCUUCUGCCGGAAUUGUUUUUAGAUGAAUCCUUAAUGAAUGUAAAAUUAGGCGGAGUAGAUCUUGAGGAUGCAGUUAGAAAUUCGAAUGAAGAUGUGACCAGUGUUAAGGUAGUGGAAGACCAGGGACAAAAUGUAUGUAAACAACCAGAGGCUUGCCGCAUUUCCAGUAGUGCCAAAAUCAAGCUUAUCCGAAUUCAGGGUAUCGAACCAAAGUUAGAGAUACCCUUCUCUUGGGUAGCAAACAAUUUAUUAAACCCGGACUAUUUUCUUCACGUCUGUGUUUGUGUCAAAGUUGCACAAUAAAAUCCCACAUGAAGGGGCUGGAUGUGUGGAUAUGUUUCUCCUGUUGUGACAAGGAGGUUAGGGUCUCUUCUUUUUAUUCAUUUUACACUCUGAAUAUGUUGAUUGCAUCAAUGUCUUAGCAAAAAAUGAAAAGAAAAAGCCACUGUGAUACUUAGAGGUAACACUGAACUGAGCUAGGAUAGGCUUGGCAUGGGUUUAUUCAGCCCAGUUUGAUCACUUAGUUAUUUUUUUUUUAUAAAUAUGAACACUUUGAUAUUUUAAAAUAAAGAAAAAAAAAGAAAAUAGAUGAUUUGUUCAGAAAA